CUCGCGAGACCCUCAUGACAGUUCGGAAGCCGGUUCUCGCGGGAUGUUUUGAGGCAGGAUUGGAAGCUGGAGAGGGGAUUUAGAGGGAGAUUUCGGGUCGCGGCGGCGGGGCUGGACGCGGUCAGGUGGACACAGCUUGGCCACAGGCCUGCGCGCCGCCGCCCUCUUCUCCUGGGGCCCGGUCAGGCUCCGCCGCCGCGCGUCCUCCCGGUGGCAAUGUCCCGAGAGCGGCAGCGGGGGCUGUUGGCCUGCCGGGUGCUGAGUGCCGCGGGAGGUGCCGGGCCGGGCCCCUUGGCCGGAUGGAGCCCUGUGCCGCGGAGCCCCGCGCCGGAGCCUCUCGCCCAGACAGAUGGCAUCCAGGAGAAAGAUGUCUUGCGCCUUCUCCAAAUAAUGAAAAGCUUUGUGAAGCAAGCAUAAAAUCAAUCACAGUGGAUGAAAAUGGGAGAUCAUUUGCUGUCGUGUUAUACUCAGAUCUUCAAGAAAGGAAAAUACCUCUUAAAAGACUUCAAGAAGUAAAAUCUGUUAAAGAUUGCCCCAGGAAUUUUAUAUUUGAUGAUGAAGAUUUGGAAAAACCAUAUUUCCCAGGUCGCAAAUUUCCAUCCUCAUCUGCUGUUGCUUUUAAAUUAUCUGAAGAAGGAGACUCCAUCCCUUACACUAUUAAUAGGUACUUGAGAGACUACCAAAGGGAAGGAACUCAGUUUCUCUAUGGACACUACAGACAAGGAAGAGGGUGUAUUCUCGGUGACGACAUGGGACUUGGAAAAACAGUACAGGUUAUUUCAUUUCUGGCUGCAGUUUUACAUAAAAAGGGAACUCGUGAGGAUAUUGAAAAUAACAUGCCAGAGUUUUUACUAAGAAGUAUGAAAAAGGAACUCCCUUCUUCUAUGACAAAAAAGAUGUUCUUAAUAGUCGCCCCUCUGUCUGUCCUCUAUAACUGGAAAGAUGAAUUGGACACCUGGGGAUAUUUCAGAGUCACUGUUUUACACGGUAACAGAAAGGACAAUGAACUGAUGCGUAUAAAGCAGAGGAAGUGUGAAAUUGCACUGACCACUUAUGAGACACUACGCUUAUGUCUGGAUGAACUGAACAGUUUGGAGUGGUCUGCCAUCAUUGUGGAUGAGGCUCACAGAAUUAAGAACCCCAAGGCCAGAGUGACCGAAGUCAUGAAGGCUUUGAAGUGUAACGUCCGCAUUGGCCUCACCGGAACCAUUCUUCAGAACAACAUGAAGGAACUGUGGUGUGUGAUGGACUGGGCUGUGCCAGGACUUUUAGGUAGUAGGAUCCACUUCAAGAAGCAGUUUUCUGACCCAGUGGAACAUGGUCAGAGACACACGGCGACAAAAAGGGAGCUCGCUACUGGCCGGAAGGCCAUGCGGAGGCUCGCGGGAAGGAUGGCGGGCAGCUUCCUCCGGCGGACCAAGACUCUCAUCAAGGACCAGCUGCCCAAGAAGGAAGACCGGAUGGUAUAUUGUUCUCUGACAGAGUUCCAAAAAGCUGUCUAUCAAACAGUGUUAGAAACCGAAGAUGUGACUUUGAUACUUCAGUCUUCUAAGCCUUGCACCUGCAACAGUGGCCGCAAAAGGAGAAGUUGUUGUUAUAAGACCAAUUCCCGCGGUGACGAGGUGAAGACCUUGUGCCUCAGCUACCUCACGGUCCUUCAGAAGGUGGCCAAUCACGUGGCCCUGCUGCAGGCUGCUAGCACCUCCAAACAGGAGACACUUAUCAAAAGGAUAUGUGAUCAAGUAUUUUCGAAAUUCCCAGAUUUUGUGCAGAAAAGCAAAGAUGCAGCCUUUGAAACACUUUCUGACCCUAAAUACAGUGGGAAGAUGAAGGUCCUUCAGCAGCUUCUGAAUCACUGCAGGAGGAACAGGGAUAAAGUUCUCCUCUUCUCCUUCUCCACCAAGUUGCUGGAUGUGCUGCAGCAGUACUGCAUGGCGUCUGGCCUUGAUUACCGCCGGCUUGAUGGAAGUACGAAGUCCGAGGAGAGGCUCAAGAUCGUCAAAGAGUUCAACAGCACACAGGACGUUAACAUCUGCCUUGUCUCUACAAUGGCUGGUGGACUAGGCCUUAAUUUUGUUGGUGCCAAUGUUGUCAUAUUAUUUGAUCCUACUUGGAAUCCAGCCAAUGAUCUCCAAGCUAUUGACAGAGCGUAUAGAAUUGGACAAUGCAGAGAUGUUAAAGUGCUCAGGCUGAUAUCCUUGGGGACUGUGGAAGAGAUCAUGUACUUACGGCAGCUGUACAAGCAGCAACUUCACUGUGUGGUAGUUGGAAGUGAAAAUGCCAAGCGAUACUUUGAAGCAGUCCAAGGAUCAAAAGAGCAUCAAGGAGAGCUUUUCGGGAUCUGUAACCUCUUCAAGCUGAGAUCCCAAGGGUCCUGUCUCACGAGGGACAUCCUGGAGAGAGAAGGCCAAGUGGAAGCAGGGAUCAUGACAGCUACAACGUGGUUGAAGGAGGGACCUCCAGCGCAUAACCUAGAAACAUCUAAAGAGCCUGUCAGUCAAGAACCCAGAGGCCCAGGGCGAGCUGCGGAGCCAGCCAGGGAGGCAUGGGAGCUCUGCAGCGACUUCAGUGAGGACGAGUCGGGGGGAACCUCGAGAGUAAAGACUGCAGUAAGCAAAGCACUGGAGUCGAGCAAAGCUCCCGGUCCUCCAGGACAGCUUACCUUACUCCAGUGUGGCUUCUCUAAACUGCUGGAGGCCAAGCGUGCAGCAGUCGAGGAUAGCGAUGGCAGCGUCACCUCUGAUGAUGCAAGCUCUGAUGAGCACGGGCAGCCCUCGAACCUUUCAGCAGGCGCCAAAGAGGCUGGCUGUCAGGGGAGCCAACAUUCCCUCGGCGCUUCACGGCAUCCCAGCUUAAAUGACACCUUGAGUCCAAGUGAAAAGUCUAUUUUUGAUAAAAAUGAGAAGACUUUAGAACAGAGUGUUUCUUCUGAGUCUGAUGAUGAGAAGAACUUUAAAAAUACUGCACAUCCCUGCAUUUUACAGAAUGUCACAGAAUCGGAAGAUAGUGAUGUCAUCUUUCCCACACAGUAUACAGCUCAGAAUAAGCCAGCCUUGGAUGGAUCUGAAGAUUCGGAAACAGAAAAUCCUAUAAAAAUAAGAAACAAUGGUGGUGGUAAAAAGACUGAUGACAGAGGAAAUGGGCAGAUUUCAAAACAAUCAAAUCCUGAGGUCUGUUAUGAAAGAAAAGGCCCUGGUGAUGUCAGUGACGAAUCUGAUGACAUUGAAAUUUCCCCCAAGUCAAGAGUAAGAAAGCAAAGAGCAUCAAGGCCUAGGAGAAAAAAGGAAGUCAAAAGAGAACUUUACAAUUCCACUAACACCACAAAGAAAGCAACCCGACUGCGUACUGUGCGUGAGGAUAGUAACUCUCAGAUUAUUGAUGAUUUCUCAUCCUCUGAUGAUGAUUCACCUGUCAGUCCCUUCAGUUUCUCUAAACAGAGUCACAGAUCAAAAACUAUAAAAGAUAGAAUCAGUCUCUCUUCAAAAUUGCCUGGGCAUUGUAAGAAAAAUAGCCCUUUCACACCAAGGGAACUUCCAAAUGAGAAUGACAUCAAUCAAAAGCAGAUGAGCGAAUCAAUGGAUAAAUUUCUAGAUGGUGUUCAGGAAGUGGCUUACAUUCACUCAAACCAGAAUGUGAUUGGAUCCAGCAAAGCUGAAAAUCACAUGAGUCGAUGGGCAGCACGGGAUGUGUUUGAGCUGAAGCAGUUUUCCCAGCUUCCUGCCAACAUAGCCGUCUGCAGUGCUAAGACAUGUGAAGAAAACAGGCCUACAGAGAGAGGCCAGCCACCAAGUGAAGGAGGCGUUUCACUUCCUCUGUGCGUUCCGCACCCCGUGAGCCAGAAGAAGAAAAGGGUCUACCGGACAGAGCAGACCACCUUCAUAAUCGGAGAGACGCCAAGAGGAAUCCGCAGAAAACAAUUUGAAGAAAUGGCCUCUUACUUUAACCUGUCUUCCGUAAAGGAGUUUGCGAGACAGAUAACGAGUGCCACAUCAGAAGAGCGCCGGGAAAUGCUCCAAGACUUUUAUGCUUCUCAGUACCCGGAAGUGAAAGGGUUCUUCACAGCAGACGCUGCUUCAGAAUCCAUCAAAUCCGCCAGCGUCAGGAGUAAAUCCCAAGAAGGAGACUCUCGUAUCAGAAGAAGGCUGUCGGGUUCUGAAGCCUUGACUUUUAAAGAGUCGACCAACAGCAUUUCUCACACCUGCAGCCCAGCAGCCCACAAGGGAAAGUCAGUUCAGUUUCCCAGUCACGGUUCCUGCCAAGAAGAAGCGCUUCCUAGCAAUGCAGGAACUCUUGGCUCUACCCAAGGGGUUGAUGACGGGAAAAACAGCCACGCAUCCAAAGGUGCCGGGGCAUCCAGUUCCCUGGACGGAAACUCCAAGGGACAGGAGAGGAGGUGGGCAGACGCCGGGAAAGACCAGCAGGGCACCAGCGGGACGGGCGUUUCAAGAAGCAGGCUGCUCUGCAAGCCGGAAAGCAGGAAGCCAGAAGGCCCCGUGGCAGGGGGCGCCUCUGUGGGAGGCCUGCUGGGUGACACCUCCAUUCUUGAGGACCUCUUUAAAACGCCCCGGAGCGGCCCCACACAGCUGCCAAGGAGAGCCCUUUCAGGGCCCGUGGAGAAAGCAAAGCAGCGGCCCAAGGAUUUCUGGGACAUCUUGAAUGAGCAGAGUGCCGACAGCCUCAGUAAAUUCACCGACUUGGCCGUCAUCGAGACCCUGUGUGAGAAAGCCCCCUCCAGGAGCAGAGGCGAGCGAGAAACGUCUCUCUGGAAGUCCAAUGAGAAGUUUUUGUGGAAGACAUUCCACUCGAGUGACACAGAUGAGAACACAACCAACAACACGCAGAGAGGAGCAGAGGCCUGAAAACGGACCGGUGCGCCCGUGAACUCCAGCGCCGCCACCCUGCGCGCUCCGCCUCGGACACAGCUGUCUCGACACAAGAUUCCAUUACAUUCUCGCGUUAGAAUGUUUUGAAAGCCUAAAAUAUUAUCGUGGCUUGUCUUCCUUGAUAUCCUGUGGCUUGUCUUCUUUGAUAUCCGUAUGGAUCUUUUAGGAAGCAACAUUGUAUUUUAUCAUAAACCUCUGUUGAGAGAUGAGAAAGAUUCUAGAUGUAUUAUCGGAAGACCUGGAACAACUUUCUUAGCGUGUCAUUACGUGACCGGAGGUAAGCCACGUUCCCUGAGGUGCAUCUGUUUGCUAACAUGAACGAUGAAGGGUUUGAACCUGAUCAGUGGGAGUGUCUCUUCCAGUUUAAAAAAGCUUUGGUUCACUCUCCCAAGUUCCAUUCAGUCGUAGGCCAAGUCAUGCCCACCCACCCUCUAAAUCAGGUGUACACAGAUGUGUUUCUUUCCUAUGAUUCGGAAAAUAAUUGUGUUUCCUAGGUAUCAUGUUCUAGUAUUAUUAAAUUAUUUAGAUUAAAGCCAUAGCUAGUAAUGAAUGUAUGGUAUGAUAUUAAAAUGGCAAUUUUGUAGCAGCUCAGAAUCCAGGGGUAAAUGCUGUAUACCUAUGAUAUUAUAUGAGAUGUGAUACUAAAGUAAUAUGAUUAUUUAUCAAUAGCCACAGACACCAGUGCCUCAACUUUUUAUACAACUUUGAUGAUUUAAUUGAGAUAAAUAAACCUUUGCACAGUGCUUUUACAUUUGAUGAACUAGGAAGAAAUAAAGAAACAUUUGGUUUUAUUUGAAAUUGUUAUAUUUUGUUGAAUUUAAUCUAUAUGGUUUAUAACCAAAGUGGGACAGUCUCAUAGCUGAAUUCGUUUAGUUGGACACAUCCACUCAGUCCCUAUGUUCCGUGCUAGAUGGGAUACAGCUACAGGUGAAGGACAGGGCAUCCUGUCUGUAAAGAACCGCCUCUGUCGGGCUCCUGGCGUGGCGCCUGGCACGGGGUGGGCAGAGACCCGAGGCCUCACUGGUGUGUUCUCCCACCUUCCCCUCAGCCAGGCUCACAGCGCUCUGCGGAAGAAGUGUGCUUCAGGAAGUGGCUGUGUGCAGCGGUCAUUGUUGCUGACCGCAGAGGGCCUCUGAGUACCCAGCUAGUACAGUCAUUGCUCAGAGGUUAAAAAAAAACCCUUUCUCCAGAGACCCAAUGGCCAAGUAUAUUUUUCUUUGGAACAACAAUGUUUUGCCUUAGAGAACUAUGAAAUAUAUUUUGUAUCGUCACCCAUUACGUAUAGACUCCUGCAUGUUGAAAUAAAAUGUUUAUAAAGUAAUGUUUACCCUUAAA